AUCAGUGAUAAGAGAGUGUCCAGACUUCACGGGCUGCUGGAGAACCUGAACGGACAGCUGCGUCUCAAACCGACCCACCUGAACCCGUGCUUCGUUCAGUCGUCUCUGACCGACGACCCUCGACCUCUGCAGAAGGACAGCUGGUACCCUCUUCAUCACGGAGACCUGUUCUCUCUGCUGCCGGGCAGGUACAUCUACAAAGUGGAGGCCGUUGGUGAGGAGGACCGCACUCCCAGAAACAGUCAGAUGUUUGAAGAGGAAGGACUUUGCGUUUCGCCAGAGCCAAAAGACGUGGAACCUCCUCCUCCUCCUCCUCCUCCUCCUCCUCUUCCUCCUCCUCCUGCUGAGCAGACUCCGCCUCCCGAGGAGCCGACACCAGCGGCUCCGUCAAAUCAGGAGGAGCCCGACGACACAAGUUUCAACAAGGGUGUCCCUGCACAACCAAAACAAGAGGACAAGGACGACAGACGAGACGUCGCUCCGCCUGUAACCAAGAAAAGAGUUUUACCUGCGUGGAUGAUGGCGGCUGCACACACUCCCUCCUCCUCCUCCUCCUCCUCCUCCUCCAGCUCCAAAG